AGGCAUGCUGGGAGCCCGCACUUCCUCCUCGGGGGCCUCAGAAAACCACAGGGCGCUGGGCCAGGGCGGCGGCCCCCGGGGAGCCGGCACGAUGGCAGAGGGCAAGGCGGGCGGCGCGGCCGGCCUCUUCGCCAAGCAGGUGCAGAAGAAGUUCAGCAGGGCCCAGGAGAAGGUGCUGCAGAAAUUGGGGAAAGCUGUAGAAACCAAAGAUGAACGAUUUGAACAAAGCGCUAACAACUUCUACCAACAACAGGCAGAAGGCUACAAGCUGUACAAGGACCUGAAGAACUUCCUUAGUGCAGUCAAAGUGAUGCAUGAAAGUUCAAAAAGAGUGUCAGAAACCCUGCAGGAGAUCUACAACAGCGAGUGGGACGGUCAUGAGGAGCUGAAGACCAUUGUAGGGAAUAAUGAUCUCCUUUGGGAAGACUAUGAGGAGAAACUGGCUGACCAGGCUGUGAGGACCAUGGAAAACUACGUUGCCCAGUUCAGCGAAAUUAAGGAGAGAAUUGCCAAGCGGGGUCGGAAACUCGUGGACUAUGACAGUACCCGACAUCACCUGGAGGCAGUGCAGAAUGCCAAGAAGAAAGAUGAGGCCAAGACUGCCAAGGCAGAGGAAGAGUUCAACAAAGCCCAGACUGUGUUUGAAGAUCUGAACCAAGAACUACUAGAGGAGCUGCCUAUUCUUUAUAAUAGUCGUAUUGGCUGCUAUGUGACCAUCUUCCAAAACAUUUCCAACUUGAGGGAUGUCUUCUACAGGGAAAUGAGCAAGCUGAACCACAAUCUCUACGAGGUGAUGAGCAAACUGGAGAAGCAACAUUCCAAUAAAGUCUUUGUGGUGAAGGGACUGUCAAGUAGCAGGCGCUCUUUAGUCAUUUCUCCCCCAGUUCAAACAACUAUGGUCUCCAGUCCUCUUACCUCACCUACUAGUCCCUCUACACUUUCCUUGAAGAGUGAGAGUGAAUCUGUCUCAGCAACUGAAGAUCUGGCACCUGAUGCAGCCCAGGGGGACGACAAUUCUGAGAUCAAGGAGCUCUUAGAAGAUGAGGAAAUAGAGAAGGAAGGAUCUGAAGCAAGCUCCUCUGAGGAAGAAGAGCCUCUACCAGCCUGCAAUGGCCCCUCCCAGGCCCAGCCCUCUCUUACCAUUGAGAGUGUCAAGUCCCAGGAGGAAGUUCUCCCCAGCUCCCCAGCUCCAUCACCUGGUGAAGCCCCGAGCCCUUCAGGGCAGCCUUCAUCAUCUGCCGCAGAAGUAGUCCUCCGCACCCGCACCGCAAGUGAAGGAUCCGAACAACCAAAGAAGAGAGCCUCUCUCCAGAGGACCUCAGCACCCCCUAGUAGGCCUCCUCCACCUAGAGCCACUGCAAGCCCCAGGCCCUCCUCAGGGAACAUACCCUCCAGCCCUCCAGCCUCUGGAGGGGGUUCACCCACCAGCCCUAGGGCCUCCUUGGGGACUGGGACUCCAAGUCCUAGGACCUCCCUAGAGGUCUCUCCUAAUCCAGAAACACCAGAGAAGCCAGUAAGAACUCCUGAGGCCAAAGAAAAUGAAAACAUGAACAAUCAGAACCCCGAAGAACUUUGUACUUCCCCCACCUUAAUGACAUCUCAGAUUGCUUCAGAGCCUGGAGAGGCAAAGAAGAUGGAAGACAAGGAAGAGGAUGAUAAGCUUAUCUCAGUUGACUCCUCAGAGGGCCAAGACCAGCUUCAAGUCUCCGCGGUACCAGAAAACAACAACCUCACAGCACCUGAACCUCAAGAAGAGGUGUCUACAAGUGAAAAUCCACAACUCUGAAGAGAAACUGCCAAGACUCCCCCUGCCCCACGCCUCCCCAGAGAAGCUCUUCAACCAGAGGGUAUAGGUCAGAGGGAUAUAAGAGCCAGUAUCCGUUCCUGGGUUCUCAGUGGGAAUGCUGGUGCUAUCUAAAGACCUGGCAUUAAUCAAGGUGGAGGAGCAGCCUUGUGGGAGGGAUGGAGGGAGGCAGGCUGGGGAGAAGAGAACAUUAGAUUCAGAAAAUAUUUAAUUCUGGUUUUAGCAUUAUUAGAAUAAGACUUUAUACAUUAACUAAAGUGGAGCUUUAAUCACUAUAAAAACCAAAAGUAUCUAUAGACACAGACACUUGUCUACACAGAGACAUAACCACACAUACUCAGGAUAGUGAACAAAUCUGUCUUUGACUUAUGACCCAUUUUGCAAGACUUAAAGCCAGAAGAUCACAUUUUCAGAUUGUUAAAUAAAGUCUGAUUCUGACUA